GUUACUAACUCUUCCCCUUCUUCAGCACUCUGCUUGAAGCUGCUAGGAACUAUUAGCCGCAGCCUUUGCAGCUUGGCGGGGUUCUAUUUCUGGUGGUUGCUGGAUUUUGCAGCCCGAGCUGUGCGGUGUUAAAGGUACUCCUCGACUUACAACAAUUCAUUUAGUGACAAUUUGAAGUUACAACAGCAUUGAAAAAGAUGUCUUCUCAGUAGACUCUGCAGAUUCAAGAGCGCUCCGAUCAAGAUGGCCAGAAAUAGACUCAUCUUGCUGAGACAUGGCGAAGGGGCUUGGAACAAGGAAAAUAGAUUCUGUAGCUGGGUUGACCAGAAACUGAGCGCUGAUGGGGUGAAGGAAGCUCAGACCUGUGGGAGGCACCUCAAAAUGCUUGGUUUCGAGUUCGACCUUGUGUUUACCUCCAUUCUUAGCCGCUCUAUUCAGACUGCGUGGCUUGUGCUUGAGGAGAUGGGGCAGGAGUGGGUCCCCACUGAAUCUUCCUGGAGGCUGAACGAACGACAUUAUGGGGCGCUGAUUGGCCUCAACAGGACAGAGAUGGCUUUGAACCAUGGCGAGGAGCAAGUGAAAAGAUGGAGAAGGAGCUACGAUGUCAGCCCACCUCCCAUCAGUGAGGUCCACCCUUACUAUCACGAAAUAUAUAAUGAUCGCAGGUAUAAUUACUGUGAUGUACCAAAAGAGAAGCUUCCUAAAUCUGAGAGUUUAAAAGAAGUAUUGGAUAGACUCCUUCCGUACUGGAAUGAAAGGAUAGCACCAGAAGUCAAGGGAGGCAAGACUGUGUUAAUUUCUGCCCAUGGAAACAGCACGAGGGCUCUUCUGAAGCAUCUGGAAGGCAUCUCUGAUGACGCUAUAGUCAACGUGACUCUUCCCACCGGCGUGCCCGUCCUCCUUGAACUUGAUGAAAAUCUACAACCGCUUGGCCACCACCAAUUUCUGGGUGAUCAAGAAGCCAUACAAGCUGCCAUCAAGAAAGUGGAAGAUCAAGGGAAGGCCAAACCUAUGGCUGAAAAAUAAAGACCACCUUACAAAC